CGGUAACACAUUUUACCUUUAAGGGGCAGCUAAAAUGAAUAGCAUUACUCCACUUACUAAGAAGGGGCUGGAACGGAGGGUGUGGAGUCUAAGCAUCCCUGUGCUGCUAUUCAUCUUCACACAAAGCGUGGUCUUGCAGUCUGCUGAGGGCUUCAACUGCUCUCAGCCAAACUCAGUCUCUCUCCUGAGUGCUCUUAAGGAGAAUGUGUUGAACCUGAGUGACAUCCGGCCUGUCCAAGAUCCAAACCAGCCUGUCAUCAUACAGUUGACCUUUAUACUCUACGGGAUCUUGGGAGUGGAUGAGAAGGCACAGCUGUUAACAACCCUCCUUUGGCUAAAUAUAGAGUUUCAAAAUGAGUUUGCACACUGGGAUCCAGAGGAGUGUGGCAGACAUAAAAUCUCCGUUCCCCGGAAGAGCUUGUGGUACCCAGACAUUGUCAUCAAUGAAGCCACGGAAGCAAACACAGGACCAGAAACCUACUAUGUGUACCUAUAUAGCGAUGGGACAGUAAGUGACUGGCUUUCAAUGAGAGUAGUCAGUUCCUGCAACAUGGAUAUCUAUGCGUUCCCUUUCGACACUCAGAACUGCUCCUACGCCUUCAACUCCUACUUACACACCGCUGAUGACAUUCAGUUGGUUCUUGACGACCCCAUUGAGGCAAUCCUAGAGAUGACAAACAAUGUAAUGGAAAGGAAGGGAGAAUGGAUACUCGUGAACAUGAGCGCAUACCAAAACAACAAAAACAGCUCCAAUGAAUGGAAUUAUAUAUAUGUUCAUUUGAUCCUGAAAAGGCACCCCACCCUGUACGUGGUGAACCUGCUGGUACCAAGCUGCUUCCUCAUCAGUUUGGACCUCUUCAGCUUCGCCCUGCCCCCUCAGAACGUGGACCGGUCGGCCUUCAAGAUGACGCUCAUUCUAGGCUACACCGUCUUCCUUCUUCUCAUGAACGAUCUGCUGCCUGUCACUGGAAACACCUCUUCCAAUUCUACUUUGGUGUGCACUGUAAUGGUUUCACUUCUCUCCUCAGAUGUGUUCUUCUCCAUCUGUCUGGCUCUCAUGGUGGCCAGUCUUCUGGAGACCAUCAUCAUCACCAACGUCCUGCACAACUCGCAUGACUACUCUGACGUGCCACGCUGGGUCAGGUUCCUCGUCAUAGACCUCCUGGCCCGCCUGGUUUGUCUGAGCAGGAAGACACCAGAUGACAAGGCCACUCUGUCAGAGAAAUCAGUUGAGGCUCCUCCCCAACGUCCUGAUGUGACUGAGACUGAGCUGGUCCAUCAGGAGCCCUUUGGGAGUCUGCAGAGGGAGCUGAGAGCCAUCCGGCAGCACAUGGAGAAGAGUGCGGCCACCCAGCAGGUGUCAGAGGACUGGAUCCACAUCGCACAGGUGGUGGACCGCUUCCUGUUCUUCAUCUACCUGAUCUUCAUCUCCACCAGCUUCAUCACCAUACUGGUCAUGUGGACCAGUCAGUAG